ACUUAUAGGCGUUCGGUUUUUUUUGCUCGGAGUUCGCGUGCAGCGUCAUUUAUCUCGAGUGUGUGGCCGGGCCGCUUCAGAGCCAGAGAAGGUUUAAACGGUGCUAAAAUCUGCUGACAGUGGUACCCAGCAUAGCCUAAAAUGUAGAUCGAGUUAAAUGUCGGGAGAUGAACUUCAAAUGUCCUCCCGUGCUUUUGCUGUUAGCCGAAAGCCAUUGUCUGUCGAAUUUCGGUCAGUUUCUGCCGUUGAAACGAGGUGUAAGUGCACGCACAAGGAGCGUACUUGGUGACUGCUCGGCGCAGGGGUGUGGAUGUGUUGCUGAACUCUGUGAAACUGGUUUUGUAUUGGUCCCUGAAGAAAAAUGAAGCCAGUGGGAGUUCCUUGUCUUUGGAAAGAUGCAAUGGAUUUUCUUAACUUUGACUGCUUAUAGCUCUGACUCUCACAACAGCCUCAGUAAUGAAAAUCUAAUGGAACUAAUAUUUGCUACAACCAGAGACCGAAAUGGUACGAAUAGAGCGUUAAAUUCCCAUCAUUUCAACAACUCCAUCAUUUUCUGAGAACUUGGAACAUAAUUUGGGCUCUGCUUCAGCACUGUCUUAGAUUAUAAUGCCAUCCUUGCCUAAUGAGGGAGAUAACCAUGGAACUGCUGCUGUGACUUUGCGAUCAGAGCUACCCUAUCAAAGCACAAUUAAAAGAAAAGUCAGGAAGAAGAAGAAUGGGGUCAUCACUGCAAAUGUUGCUGGCACAAAAUAUGAAAUUGUACGCGUUGUAAUACAAGAAAUGGGAUUUGUGAAAAUACCUGAUGAAGAUGAAACAGCUAAUCUUAUUUGGAGUGAUAGUGCCGUGCAACAGGAAAAGAUUGCUGAACUUCGGAACUAUCAGAGAAUCAACCAUUUUCCAGGAAUGGGAGAGAUCUGCAGAAAGGAUUUUCUGGCAAGAAACAUGACUAAAAUGAUCAAGUGCCAGCCUCAGGAGUAUUCUUUUAUUCCUCGAACAUGGAUUUUCCCUUCAGAAUACACACAGUUUCAGAACUAUGUAAAAGAACUGAAGAAGAAACGUAGACAGAAAACAUUUAUAGUCAAACCAGCUAAUGGUGCAAUGGGGCAUGGGAUCUCUUUAAUAAGAAAUGGAGAGAAGUUACAAGCUCAGGAUCACUUGAUUGUUCAGGAAUAUCUUGACAAACCAUUUCUUAUGGAAGGCUACAAGUUUGAUUUGCGGAUAUAUAUUCUUGUAACCUCCUGUGAUCCUUUAAAAAUAUUUUUGUAUCAUGAUGGACUGGUGAGAAUGGGCACAGAGAAAUAUCAUCCUCCCAGUGACUCAAAUUUGAGCCAACUGUAUAUGCAUCUGACCAACUACUCUGUGAAUAAACAUAAUGAACGCUUUGAACGGGAUGAAACAGAAGACAAAGGAAGUAAACGCUCCAUAAAAUGGUUUACUGAGUUUCUAGAAACAAAUGAUCUCGAUGUCUCCAAAUUCUGGAAUGAUAUUUCAGAGUUAGUAGUGAAGACUCUCAUAGUUGCAGAGCCACACGUUCUUCAUGCUUAUCGCAUGUGCAGGCCAGGGCAAGCACCGGGAAGUGACAGCGUCUGCUUUGAAGUCCUGGGAUUUGAUAUUCUGCUGGACAGAAAACUAAAACCAUGGCUUCUAGAGGUUAACCGUGCCCCAAGCUUUGGAACUGACCAAAAAAUAGACUAUGAUGUAAAAAAGGGUGUUCUGUUAAAUGCAUUAAAGCUUCUCAACAUAAGGACAAGUGAUAAAAGGAGAAAUUUAGCCCAACAGAAAGCUGAAGCUCAAAAGAGACUGUAUGGUCAAGGCUCUAUGAAAAGACUGUUGCCAGGUUCUUCAGACUGGGAAAAGCAACGUCAUUCACUGGAAAGGAGAAAAGAAGAACUGAAGGAAAGACUUGCACAAGUACGCAAACAGAUUUCUAAAGAAGAGCAUGAAAAUAGACAUAUGGGGAACUACAGGCGAAUUUACCCUCCUGAUGAUAAAUCAUUACUUGAAAAGUAUGAGAGUUUGUUAGCCACUGCUUUCCAGACAUUUCUUUCUGGGAGAGCUGCUUCACUUCAGAGGGAAAUGAAUAACCCUUUAAAAAGAAUGAAGGAGGAAGACAUUUUGGAUCUUCUGGAGCAGUGUGAGAUAGAUGAUGAAAAACUAAUGGGAAAAUGCACCAGACAGCGAGGAGCUAAGCCCCUGUGUUCUAUGCCAGAAAUUGCACAGCCCGUAAGAAAACUGAAGAACUACAGUAGUGAUAGCAGCUGUGAUAGUGGCAGCAGUAUGUCAGAGUCAGGAGACGAAACUGAAAAGGAAGAUCACAAUGAGAAAAAAGAGAAAAAAGUAUCAUAUGAUCUUGAAGAAAAUAAAUAUAAACCUUCAGAACGAUCAGGUAGAAUGAACUGGAAGCCUUCGAUUAAAAAUCCAAAAUCUCCAUCAUACCCAUCCUCAUCAUCUACAGGUCCGAUAAGGCGUUCAGUAAGCUGCCCUCGUUCAAUAUCAAUAUUGUCUAUGCAGUCACAUGCAGCUGAGCAUCGUCCCUUCUCUGCUAAGGGUUCUCUGCAAAUCCAGCGUGCAUCCUCAGUGAAUAGGUCUCGUUCUUUAAAUUGCAGCCCAUCUUCAUCCAGAGUAUGUCAGACAUCCAGCUUGGGAACUAUGAACUCUUCAGGGAAUGAGUCCUUACUGCAGCAGAAAACUAAAGAGCAAGAAGUCGCUUUGACGAAAGAGACUCUACUCAUUUUCAAUGACAUGAAAAUUAAGUUCCCGAGAAAAACAGAUGAAGAAUCAGAAUUAAUUAUAGAAGAAAUAAUGGAUAAUUGGAAAUACCAUAAAACAAAAGUGGCAUCAUAUUGGUUAGUAAAACUGGAUUCCGUAAAGCAACGAAAAGUUUUGGAUAUAGUCAAGACAAGUGUUCGUGCGGUCCUCCAGCAUGUCUGGAAGGCUCCAGACAUUGAAAAUCUACACCUGUACCGUCUCUUUAACCGUGUAUUUAAUCGUUUACUUUGGAGCCACGGUCAAGGUCUGUGGAACUGUUUCUGUAAUUCAGGGAACUCUUGGGAAACCAUAUUCAGUAAAAGCACAGAGGUGGUGACUCCUGAGCAACUCCAGUGUUGCCAACGAAUAGUACAGCUUUGUAAGCACUGUCUGCUAGUGGUGUACAAAUAUUCAUCAGAUUCAAAAGGAUCCCUGACUGGAAUUAGUCCUAGCUGGGAUGAUGCAAGGUGUUUAUUGCCAGGACCAUCACAGUUCAUCACGAAAUCAUCCUCGUCCAACCUCAGCUGCAGAUCAUCUGGAAUGCCUCGCUCUAACAUUAUGUUCACACGCAGAUACAGUCACUUGUGAAGGAAAAGUUACUUUUCAUUGUAAAUAAUGGCACUCCAUUUUUAUUUUCAAAUUAAAUGCGUGAUGGAGCUAGAUACAACACUGUUAUAUAUAAUAUACCAUAUUAUGAUAACAUUUAGCUUAAAACUUACUGUAAAAGCAAAGCUUUUCUGGAAGCAUAAUAAACCUUGUUAAGUUGUUUACACAAAUGUGAAUGUGUAGAUCUUGCUAGGUUUAUAAAUAAUUCCUUCCUACUAGAAAUGUUAUUUUUGCUGCAGAAUAUAUAAGAUGGAAUUGAUCUUGAAGAUCCUAUUACAGUGUUAAUUAUUUUCUACAUACAAUACUUUUGAGUUGAAUAUUAUUUAUUGUAAAGUAUGCUAUUUAUUGUCUCAAAUGUAAGACAAGAUCCUUAAAAGGACAGAUGAAUAAAAAAUACUGUAGUAGAACAAUAAAACUGUAAUUGUUAUUAAAAAUAACCUUACCAUUUCUUGGACACGUUUAAAGUAUCUCCAAAACUCUGUAAGCCAAACAUUUCUCCUCUGAAAUUACAGGCUCUGCUUAAAGCUGUUACUCUUCUUAAAGGAUGUGGUAUUGUAUUUUUUUUAGAAAAAGUGAAGAAAUUCUGUAUGCAAACAGUAAAAAUACCAGUUCAAGCAU